AUGGCCGCCGCGGUCGCCAUAGUGCCCGCGGCCCGGCACCAGUCGUUCGGCCACGGCAAUGUUGAAGCCGUGUCGCCCUGCACGCGUGAAAUGUUAAUGGACGAAGGCUGGACCGCGCUGUUCGGUGCUCAGACGGCUCUCGCCGAGGUUGUUGGCCGCCUGGCCCGCACCAUUCAUGAGAUGGAGCCAGCCCGCUGGAGCUCGGGCAUGGUAGAAGCGAGGUUGGAGUUGCUCGGCGGAUAUUGGGGCGAUUUUCAAGCCAACCAUCUCAAGCUCAUCGAAGCUCCGCCACCGGAAAAGGCGUCUCGGGUGGUCCAGCUGUACACUGACGUGGAAGCGCACUACCUCGACGCACGGUCUUGCCUCUUCGACGCGAGAGACUCCCUGGCGCCGGCACCUGUCCCUCCCGGGCCAUUCCCGGGCCCAGGGAACCCGGCUUCGGGCCGUGGGCCUCGCUUGCCGAGAAUCAGCAUUCCGAACUUCUCCGGGAGACGAGAAGACUGGGAGAGCUUCCGUGAUCUCUUCCGAGCGCUGAUCCACGAGGACUGCCAACUCACCAACGUCGAGCGCCUGUUCUAUUUGAAGUCGCUCGCUCAGGGAGACGCUAAGACGGCCCUCGAUACGGUCCAGGUAGCCGAGGCCAAUUACUCUACGGCAUGGGCUCUGCUUGAAGCGCGCUACGAGCACAGCCGCCUUCUCGUCCACGACCAUGUCACAGCCCUGCGGAACAUCAAGCCACCCAGAGACGAGUCCGCCCGCGGGUUGCAGAGCCUCUUGGACACCCUGGAAAAACAUCGCGACCAGCUUCGCGCCUUAUGUCGUCCCGUAGCCGGCUGGGACGAUUGGUUUGUCUCGUGUGGAAUGACUGGCAUGGAUCCAGCGACGAGGCGUGCAUGGGAGGAGGAGCUCCAACGGUUGGAGAGUACCGUUUCUGGCUCCGAGCGGUUCUGGGAGAUGGAGGAUCUUCCUCAGGCUCACCGCCGCUCAGAUGAGGACAUCGAGUGCGAGCGUGCUUUCGCAGACCACCGACGCGCCGCGGACGGACGGUACAUCGUGCGCCUCCCGCUGAAGGGCAGCGGUUCGCUUCUUCUUGGCGACAGUCUUCAGAGCGCCAAGGCCUCCUUGGCAGCCCUGCAACGCCGGCUUCGGCGAAGCCCCGAUAUGGCUGUGGAGUAUAGUCGAUUCAUGGCUGACUAUCUCGCGAUGGGCCACAUGCGCCCGCUCACCAGCGCUGAGCUUGCAGCUACAGCUGGGCCCGUCAACUACAUCCAUCAUCAUGGCAUCUGGCAGCAUGCUGAUCGCGGGCGCAAGCUCCGAGUAGUCUUCAACGCGUCCAACCCGACUUCCAGUGGCCACAGCUUGAAUGACGUCCUCCACGCUGGACCCAGACUCCAAGCCGCGCUCCCAUCGGUGCUCAUGCGCUGGCGGCGGCACCGCAUCGCCUUCUGCAGCGACAUCCGCAUGAUGUUCCGGCAGAUUUGGAUCGACUACCGUGACGUCGACCUGCAGCGGAUCGUCUGGGCUGCCGAUCCCAGCCAGCCUCCAACCCACUACCAGCUGCUCACUGUGACUUACGGCGAAUCGUGCUCGCCUUACCUGUCGCUGCGUACCCUCCAACAGCUAUGCCAGGACGAAGGCCACAACUGGCCCGAAGCUGUGUCAGCCGCCCUGUGUGACCGCUACGCCGACGACUUUCUCUCCGGGGCCGACGACGUCACCGCGGCUCGGCGCCUCCGCGACCAGCUGAGCGGGCUCAUGAAGGCCGGCGGCUUUCCCCUGCGGAAGUGGGUGGCCAAUGUCCGCGAGCUGCUCGACGAUCUGCCUGACGACGUCCGCUUACGUCCGACCUGGGAGCAGCUCAGCGCUGAAGGCCUCGUCAGCGAGCUCGGGGUCAAGUGGGAUCCACCGUCGGACUGCUUUCAGUUGACGCCUCCACCACUCCAGCCGCAGAGCACAAAGCGGACGAUGCUCGCGGCGCUCGCGGGUCUGUUCGACCCAUGCGGCUGGCUCGCGCCGAUCGUGUUGAAUGCCAAGCUCUUGCUCCAGGAUCUCUGGCGCGCCAGACUGGGCUGGGACGAGCCUGCGCCGAUCUCAAUGACUCGCCGAUGGGCGGAAUUUACCGCCGAGCUCCAGGCCAUCUCCACCUUCACCUUACCGCGCUGGAUCGGAGUUGGGCCUUCUUCCGAGCUUCACCUGCACGGCUUUUCGGACGCCAGUCGCCGCGCGAUGGCAGCCGUCAUCUACUCUCGCCUCGCGCCCGGGGCUGGGCCGGCGCUCUGCCACAUUCUUCUGGCUCGGACGAAGCUCUCGCCGAUUCGCUCGCUCAAGCCGGCGCCAGAGACAUCCGCGCGCAUGACGAUUCCGCGCCUCGAGCUCCGCGCCGCACUGAUUGCCGCCAAGCUCCUGCGGACCGCUGCCGACGAGCUACGCGUACCUGUCGACCGCUGUCACGCAUGGUGCGACUCACAGAUCGUUCUGCACUGGCUGCGUUCCGACAGGCCAACCAACAACGUGCUGAUCGACAACUAUGUCGCCCAAAUCCAGGAAAUGCUGCCUUCGAGUGUCUGGCGAUACGUGCCGACCCAGUCAAAUCCAGCCGACCUCGCGACCAGAGGUGCCGACAUGACCGGCCUUCGCUCGCAGCGCACUUGGUGGGAGGGCCCCACUUGGCUCGCCGAGGACGUCGACUCGUGGCCCCUAGACCCGCUCCCCGCACCGAACCAGCAUUCAUCCAUCUGCUGCGUAGUGCAGCAGCUCGACGCCAGCUACCUCGAGCAAUUCUCCAACUUACGCAUGCUACUAAGCUUCCUCGUACGCAUUCGUCGAUUCGUCCGGAGCCGCUUGGGCAGGGGCCCCGUGCUUUCGGUCGCUUCACCUCUUACGCCGACCGAACUCCACGACGCUUUUCUCGCAUGUGUACGCCUCAGCCAGGAGAGAUCAUUUUCGGACGACCUCCAGUGUCUUCGACGGGGCGAACGUCUGCGGAAGACGAACCCCUUGGUACCGUUAGCAGCCUUCCUCGAUGACGACGGGAUUCUGCGCGUCGGCGGGCGGCUAGAGCAUUCACCGCUGACCUACGAGGAGCGGCACCCGCCAAUUCUCAGCGGCGCCUCUUCCCUCGCUUCCAUGGUCAUCGCCUGGGCGCACUCUCGGGCGCUGCACGGUGGAUACCGUGUCACCAGUGCCUACGUCUGUAAGCGCGCUUGGCUCCUCGGUGGGCCCCGGCGGAUCAAGGCUCACCUCCGCAGGUGCGUCGUCUGCAUCCGGCUGCGAGCGCGACCGGCGACUCAACUCAUGGCCCCACUGCCGUCGUCUCGAGUCUCCCCUUCUCGUGCCUUUGCCUGCACCGGAGUAGACUACGCCGGCCCUUUCCAUGUACUCUCCGCCAGAGGACGAGGAGUCCGGACCACGAAAGGCUACAUCGCCGUUUUUGUGUGCCUCGCCACCAAGGCCCUGCACCUGGAGCUGGUCGGCGAUCUCUCGGCUGCGUCCUUCUUGGGCGCCCUCCACCGAUUCGCUGGACGCCGCGGUCGGCCCGGUGAGAUAUGGAGCGACAACGCGACUUGCUUCCGCCGCGCUGAUGUUGAGCUGCGCGAUGCCUUGCUGACAGCCGAGCUGGACUGGGGAUUGGUCGCGGGCUCUCUCGCCGAUCAAGGAAUUGCUUGGAAGUUCAUUCCACCGGGUGCUCCUCACUUCGGUGGCUUGUGGGAGGCCGCCGUCAAGUCAACCAAAAGUCACCUCCAGCGCGUCAUGGGGUCACGCCAUCUCACCUACGUGGAAUUUUCCACGGUGCUCGUUGGCAUCGAGAUGGUCUUAAAUAGCCGACCACUGACACCGCUAUCUGGAGACACUGGAGACCUCAAUAUUCUCACCCCAGGGCACUUCCUUGUCGGUGGCCCUCUCAACUCCAUCGUUCUGCCCGGCCCCCCUGCGGAGAGCUUGGAUGCGCUUGCCCAUUGGGAGUUCCGGUCAAAAUGGACUACUCCUCGCCGGAACUUCAUCGUCGGCGAUGUGGUCGACCUCCUCGACGCUACACUUCUGCAGUCCAGCGGCCGAUGGCCGAUCGGCUGUGUCAUCAGCGUCCACCCGGGAGUCGACGGCUUUGUCCGCACUGCUACCCUCAAGACGGCGACUGGCGUGUACAAGCGAUCCAUCACCAAGAUGGUCUUGCUGCCUGUGUCAGCGCCUCCCAUGGCUCCGCCGCCUCCAGAAGACUCCCUGACCGAUCCCGGUUUGGCGGGCGGCACGUAG